GCUUCUCCCAUACGCGUGACACGGGGAGUCGGCCAAACCUGGUGCAUGCCGCUGGCGAGUGCGUUACUUCUUCCCCCAAGCAUCUCCUUUCUCUCCUUCUGCGCUUCUUAUUCUGAAUCUACACAAUCGUUUUGGGUUUUGUUAUUUCAACGCUGGCGAUGAAACUCACACACACCCCCAUCAACGCCGUCCCGCUGCGCAGAGUUGUCUCUCUAUCGACUUCAUUCUUCUCUCACGUAUUUAUCUCCCCAAAACGUUUCUCUUCAGGCAUCAUGACCGGCACUGCUGAGGCGAACCUUAAGAAGCUGGGCAUCACCCUGCCCGCUCCUGCUGCUCCUGCCGCCGCCUACGUCCCGUACAGCAUCUCCGGCAAUCAGGUCUACAUCUCCGGCCAGCUGCCCAAGAAUGCGGAGGGCAAGCUCGCCGUGGGUCAGCUCGGUGCCCCGCUGACGGUGGAGGAGGGCAAGGCGGCUGCGGCUACCUGCGCCGUGCACCUCCUCGCGCAGAUGAAGGCCGCGGCGGGCGGUGAUCUGGACAAGAUCAAGAAGGUGUUGAUGGUGCGCUGCUACGUGAACUCGGCGAGUAACUUCCACGAGCACCCCUUCGUCGCCAACGGCUGCUCGGAGCUGCUCGUCAACGUGCUCGGCGAGGAGGUCGGCCGCCACGCCCGCUGCGCCUUCGGUGUCGCACAGCUGCCCUUCAACGCAGCGGUGGAGAUUGAGGCACACGUGGAGCUGGACCUGCAGGGCAGCGCGCACAUGUAA